GCUCGCGGGAUCGAGGAGGAUUUUGGCAAAACUCCCUGCCGGGAAGCAGGAGGUGGCCUCCCCCUCUUUCCCCCACACAAGGAGGGGGGGACAUGGUGCUGGGACCCCAGGCUGGCCGGGAGCGUGGCCGGUGGGGCAGGAGAUGCCCCCGUGGGGAGGUCCGUUCCGCGGUGGCUGUGUCGCUCCUCCCUCCCUGGCAAACAUCGCUGCUCUCACCCGCCCUCACGCUUCCCUUCCCCUCCCCCUUGUAAAACCAGCUGCAGGGGCCCCACAUCUCCCCUCGCCCUCUGCCUUCAGCCUCCCCUCGGCGGCCUCACCCUCCUCCUCCUCGCAGAGCAGAGCAGCGCAGCGUUAGCAGGAUGGCCAAUCCGGACCCCUACCUGCGGCAGCCCUGCCUGAUGGUCCACGGUGUCCCCAUGGUCAACGCCUUCGCCCGCAACUGGGAGCGGAUUGACAACUUCCAGAGCCGUCCCGAGGACAUCGUGGUGGUCACCUUCCCCAAAUCCGGCACCACCUGGGUCACUGAGAUCGUGGACAUGAUCCUGCAAGGUGGCAACCCUGAGAAGUGCAAGAGGGACAUCAUCAGCAACAGGGUGCCCAUGCUGGAGUUCGCUGCCCAAGGGGACAUGCCAGCAGGAACAGACCUGCUGGCCAACAUGCCCUCUCCCCGUGUGGUGAAGACCCACCUGCCUGCACAUAUCCUGCCCAAAUCCUUCUGGGAGAACCGCUGCAAGAUGAUCUACGUGGGGCGCAAUGCCAAGGAUGUGGCCGUCUCCUUCUACCACUUUGACCUGAUGAACAAGUUUGAGCCGGACCCAGGGACGUGGGCCCAGUACCUGGAGGAGUUCAUGGCUGGCAGAGUGGCGUAUGGCUCCUGGUACGACCAUGUCAAAGAGUACUGGAAGCGGAGGAAGGAUCACCCCAUCCUCUACCUCUUCUAUGAGGACUUGAAGGAGGACCUCCGCCGGGAGGUUGCCAAGGUGGCCCAGUUCUUGGGGCAGGAGCUGUCGGAGGCAGCGUUGGAUGCCGUCACCCGACACACCUCCUUUGAGGCCAUGCGGGACAACCCCACCACCAACUACAGCAUGGUGCCCUCCCAAUUCAUGGACCACAGCAUCUCCCCCUUCAUGCGCAAAGGCACCACCGGCGACUGGAAGAACCACUUCACUGUGGCCCAGAGCGAGCGCUUCGACCAGGACUAUGCACAAAAGAUGUUGGGCACCGACCUGCACUUCCGCACCCAGAUUUGAGGAGGCACCACCAGAUGCACCCCAAAUCCACCCCCACCAGUCCCGCUCCCUGGCAGCAGCUCCCGCACCCCACCAGCCCU